AUAUAAGCCUCUGUUUCUUUCUGAAACUGGGAUCAAGCCCUUACUAAAUUUCUUCUUCUAGGCUAUGGUUGGAUGAAGUACUUGAAGGGUGUUAUGUAUUUCAAGCAAGCUUUUCAAAAGUCAAAAAAUAAAUUCGUUUCCAGGGAUAAUAAUAUAAACGUAAAAGUUCCGGUCUUGAAGUUGCAUGUUUCCACAUGAUGUGGAUGUUUCAUAGUGACUGAAAUACUCUAGUUUUUUGCAUAAAUACCUGACCAUGCCAAUGUAAUUUACAACAACUAACAAACAAUCCUUUUUGAACCAUCCAAAUUAUGGCAUCUUUCAUAAUACCAUUCAAAGCCCUGUUCUUCCUUAUAGUCGUCCUGCAUUGGUCUCUCUCUGUUCUUGCUUCUUCAUCCUCCUUUGCUGCAAAUGAAACAGAAACUCUUCUAAAAUGGAAAGCUAGCCUUGCCAACAACACCCAAACUUUGCUCUCUUCUUUGUGGAUUGGAGACAAGCAUUGCAAUUGGGUCGGAAUCACUUGCAACAAGGCUGGAAGCAUCACCAAUCUAAGCCUUCCAGAUUAUGGGUUCAAAGGUACACUUCAUAGUCUGAACUUCUUGUCCUUCCCCAACCUCAUGGGUCUUCACCUUCCUAACAACUCACUGUAUGGGCCCAUUCCCUCACACAUUGGAAACCUUUCCAAGCUCACCGAGCUUGACUUGUCCAUGAAUGGUUUCUCCGGAAAUAUUCCAUCUAACAUAGGAAGGUUGUUAAGUUCACUUUCUAUUCUCUAUCUCCAUGAAAACGAUCUCACUGGUCCAAUACCUAUUUCUAUUGGAAGCUUGCACAAUUUGUCCCGACUUGUCCUCUUUGACAAUAGGCUCAGUGGUUCUAUACCUAAAGAAGUUGGAAUGAUGAGGUCACUUGUUCUGCUUGAUCUUUCAGUGAACUACCUAACUGGUCCUAUCCCUGCAUCUCUGGGAAACCUAAGUAACUUGGUAUGGCUUUAUCUGUAUGCUAAUAACCUCUCUGGUUCUAUUCCCAAUGAAAUAGGACAACUUGGAUCUCUUACCACAAUGCAACUGUUAAAUAAUAAUCUCACUGGUGUCAUCCCUAAUUCCAUAGGAAACUUAACCAAAUUGUCUAGUCUUUACCUUUUUGAGAAUAAGCUUUCCGGGUCAAUACCUCAAGAGGUAGGGAUGCUUGUAUCUCUUACCAAACUUCAUUUAUUUGAUAACAGUUUGUCUGGUUUCCUUCCUCCAACACUUGGCAAUGUUACUCAUUUGGAAUCAUUACAAUUAUUUGACAACCAUCUUAGUGGUCCAUUACCUGAGAAUGUAUGCCUCGGUGGACAACUCACAAGGCUUACGGUAUUCAACAACAAUUUAACGGGUCAUAUCCCACCAACUUUGAAAACUUGCAAAAGUUUAUAUAGAGUUAGGCUUGAAGGAAACAACUUUACAGGAAAUAUAUCAGAAGCUUUUGCUGUGUAUCCGAAUUUGAAUUAUAUUUCAUUAAGCAACAACAGAUUUUAUGGUGAACUUUCUCCAAAUUGGGGACAAUGUCAUAAUCUAACAAGCCUACAAAUCUCCGACAACAACAUUUCUGGAAAGAUCCCACUAGAGUUGCAACAUGCAACUCAAUUACGCGAACUCGAUGUCUCUUCAAAUCAUCUCAUUGGUGAGAUUCCCAAGGAAUUGGGAGCAUUGACAUUGAUGUACAAACUUUUGCUAAGUGGUAACCAACUUUCAGGCAAAAUUCCACCAGAGAUUGGAGUUCUUCCAAAUCUAGAACAUCUUAACUUGGCAUCAAACAAUUUGAGUGGACCGAUUCCUAAUCAACUUGGAGAGUGCUCAAAGUUAUUGAACUUGAAUUUGAGCAAGAAUAAACUUGGAGAAAGCAUUCCACUUUCAGUAAGCUACAUAAAUGGCCUUCAAAAUCUAGAUUUAAGUCAGAAUUUACUUAUUGGGGAGAUACCACAACAGCUUGCAAAAUUACAUUCCUUGGAAACAUUGGACCUUUCUCACAAUAUGCUCAAUGGUUCCAUCCCAAAUUCUUUUAAUAAUUUGCAAAGUCUGACUGUUGUGAAUAUAUCUUACAAUCAAUUAGAAGGCCCUAUUCCUAACAUUAAGGCAUUUCAUGAGGCUUCAUUUGAUGCCUUCAGAAACAAUAAGGGACUAUGUGGUAAUGCCACUGGACUAAUGCCUUGUGCUGUCGCUGCUAGAAAAAGCACCAAAGUCAUCAUUUUCAUUGUGCUUCCACUCUUUGGUCUUCUUCUUUUGCUCUUUAUCAUAGCUGGAAGUUUCCUUAUUCUUCGCCGAAAGAACCAAACCAGAAAAUCCGAGUCAAUCGAGGCAAAACUUGGAGAUUUUUUCACAUUGUGGGGAUAUAAUGGAAGAAUACUCUAUGAGAACAUUAUUGAAGCCACUGAAGAUUUCAGCUCCAACAAUUGCAUUGGUUCAGGAGGCUAUGGAGCUGUUUAUAAAGCUGCGCUACCCAUUGGUGAGGUGGUUGCGGUGAAGAAACUUCACCAAUCUGAAGAUAGCAUGAUUUCCAACAACUUGAAAGCCUUUGAAAGCGAGAUUUAUGCUCUAUCAGAAAUAAGGCAUCGUAACAUUGUGAAGCUGUAUGGCUUUUGUUCACAUCCAAAGAACUCAUUUUUGGUUUAUGAGUUUGUAGAAAGGGGAAGUUUGAGAAUGGUGUUAAGCAACAAGGACGAGGCAAUGGAGUUGGAUUGGGAGAAGAGGCUAAAUACUGUAAAAGGAGUGGCCAAUGCCUUGUCUUAUAUGCAUCAUGACCAUUCACCACCGAUAAUUCAUCGAGACAUUUCCAGCAACAAUGUUCUUCUGGAUUUGGACUAUGAGGCUCAUGUCUCAGAUUUCGGCACAGCCAGGCUUUUAAAACCUGACUCUUCUAAUUGGACCUCACUUGCUGGCAUUUUCGGGUACAUAGCUCCAGAGUUGGCUUAUACAUUGAAAGUAGACGAGAGAUGUGAUGUUUAUAGUUUUGGGGUGCUAAUAAUGGAAAUAUUUAUGGGGAGGCAUCCUGGUGAUUUGAUUUCAUGUUUACCAUCAUCGUCAUCGACAUUGGCAUCAACAUCGACAUCAAUACCAAAUGACAACCAACUGAUUUUACUUAAAGAUGUGAUAGACCAACGCCUCUCACCACCGGUAAGGCAAGUUGCAAAGGAUGUUGUCUCUACUACAAAGCUAGCAUUUGCAUGCUUGAAUGGCAGUCCUCAACUUCGGCCAACCAUGAGACAAGUUGCUCAAGCCCUUACCCAUCAAUCGCUUCCAUUGCCCAAUCCUUUCUCAAUCAUAAAAUUGGGAGAAUUGUGGGAUCAUGAAGUUUGCAGUGACUAAUAUUAAGGUGCUAACAAUUUGAAUAAUAAUUCUAAGCAUGUGUAUUUGCUUUCCAUCUAUUUCUUUUUCUCUUAUUUGUAUUGAAAUGUUUAAGCACUUUAUAAUAAAGCUUUUGUAGUGAAUCAGCUAUGACAUAGAAUAGUUGUGUUUAAGCACUCAAUUUGUAUGUUCAAAAUUUCUUAUUUUUGAAAUGUAACUAAUGGCCAGACUUAGAAUUUCGACUUGCAAUAUCAGUUGUAAUAUUCUACUGUAGUACCGAUUUGCUACAGUACUUUCAUUUUGGAAUACUAUUGCAAUUCUAAUAUGACUUUUUUAUUUGUUUGAACAAACAAAGAAUACAAUUGAUGAGCAUACCAAAUUACAAUAAACACAACUUCACACAAUAAUCUUUUG